AUAAACCCAUCAACGUUCCAGCGCUCUGCUAGGGUUUUAGGCUCUCCGCCAUAGUCGCAAAAACCCUAGCUCCGGUUUGGUUUGGGGGGCGCUCAAUGGAGGGGCUGAGCGUUUCGGGUACCAAUUUGGUGGUGUAUUUGCAUCCGUCGACGAGCAACAAUGUCCACAAAGCAAUCCUGCGCGAGCUCAGCUCGAUGCUUUUGAGGUACAAUGAUACAUUUGAGGGUAUUGUAUUGGCUUAUGAAUUCAACAUCUUAGAUAAGGAAGCAAAGAUUCUUCCCGGUGUUCAUCCUUACUUUACUGUCAGGCUAAAAGCAAAGUUAUUACUUUAUUCUCCAAAGCCCGAUAUGCUUGUAGAAGGAAAGGUUGUGAAAGUCAAACAAGAAUCAAUUCAUGUCAUUAUUCUUGGCUUCUCAUCUGCCAUCAUAACAGACAAAGAUAUUUGUGAGGAAUUUCGAUAUAAAUCUAAACAUGGCAAGCAAUUAUUUGUUAGCAGAUCCCACAAGCGGCAUGUAAUUAAAGUUGGAACCAUGAUACGACUAUUAGUCAAAAGUGUGGAUGAGGAAACACUGUACAUUUAUGGUUCCUUGCUUCCUGCUCACACAGGAAACAUUCUCUGGUUGGAUAAACAAAUGGAAGAUACUUCACUAACGGAUGGGAGUGCUAAGAGGAGGAAGGGAAACAAUGGAGAAUCAGUUCUGCAAGAGCCUAGUAGAACCAGUGCCGAAACAGUUUCAGUCAAUAAUGACCAUCAUGUCAAGAAGUCAAGAAACACAAAACACGAGAAGAGUCGUGAAGACUGCUGUCCGAUCUUUACACGAUUUUGGUCGUUUUCAGGUGAUAUUUUGAUUACCAGUAGAAUCAGUGCUAUGUUUCUGAACUAGACAAAGGCAUGUGAGCUAAUUAGUUGAUCCAGAUAGAGGAGGCAGGGUCGCAUGCAAGUAAAUUACUCCAAUUAUUGGAUGACAAAAAACACUGGUACAAAAUUCUUGGAUGACAAAAAACAUCUUGGUAUUUUGGUUUUACAACUUUGAAAGUGUGUUGUAUAAUGUUUUUGUAGAUCAUGAAGAAUCAUCAAUCUCUGAGGUUAUGUAUUUUCAAGCAACGAAAUUGAGGCUCUUUGCUCGUUUUAUGAA